UUUUAUAAUGAAAGCAUUAUUUUUAUUUUUCAUAUUUCUGCUCGUCUCGCUGACAAACGCAUAUGCAUUGCCGACGUUUGAAGGCGUCUGCCAACUGUCCGGUGAUUGGUGCUCGACCAGAUGCCAAAUAGCUGGCGGACGUGACGGAAUUUGCAACAAGGUGCAUCUCUGCAUAUGCCGCCCAUUGUGAGAUGAUCGUUCAGUUAUGUUACUAUUAAUUCUGCUGUUAACGCAAACAAGUGUUCAUACAUAAAACCAAGUAUAUAUUUACAA